UCGGCCUAAACCUCCACACCGCCGCCUCCGAAUUCCCCAAUUCCAGAGGAGGCGAACCAGCCCUUGAUCGGAUCCCAACUCCGACUGCUGGGCGGAACAAUGGUAACGCAGUCGGAGCCAGCAUCAACCCGUCGUCCUCCACCGCCAUCAACCAUGGAUUUAUUCUCCACCUCCUCCUUCAUCCGCCGCCGAUUUUCUUGAACCCUUCGCCGGCUUGUCUGACGCUUCCGACGACGACAUGGAUAGUGCGGAAGAUCGACCCUCCUUGGUUGCGGCGGAGGAGGACAAGCAGCAUGUCCCCUACAGCGACGCUCCGUCUGCGGUGCGCGCCGUGCUCAACCGUCCGUGGCCAUCCCCUGCCCUGAUCCCGCCGGAUAGUCCGUCCGGCAAGUACCGCACACUGGUGGCCACCGCCAAGGACAUCGGGGACCCGAUCUCGCCGGAGGAGAUGGCCGCGCUGGAGGACAAGGAGAGCGACGACGCAAACGCACGGUUCUACAAGGCAAUGGCUCGGACCGAUGUCUUCAUGAGGAAUUACAUCCAUGAACACGGCAACCUGUACAUGGAUGAGAACGACGGGUGCAUGUUCGACAACUCCGCCCAAGUUGAGGAAAUACGUUGCAAGUGUGUCACAGCAGAAGAAAUGGAAGCCAAGAUAAUGAAGCGAGAGGUGACUAGGCAAGAAACUUAUUUGUCAGAACUGGCCUUAGCGAGUUUCAACAAGAGGAGAAAGGUGAAGUUUGAGUUAUGUGAGACAUUGCUUUCAAAUUCCUUCUGGCACAACAGAGAUUCCUUUGUGCACCUCAAUUUCGUCGCAAAGCGGAAGGAUAAGAAGACGCUCUUUUUUGCCGAGAUAGAGGACUGCGGACAGGUCGGCAAAGAGAUCCUGCAAGUACGCUGCUGCGUUCCCCUGGAUUCGCUAUGUGAAGGUGGUUAUCAUUACUACUGUGUUGAUCCUCCUGGACAUGGCUAUAGGAAAAGUCUUGACUUCACGAGGUGCUACGCCUGCACCGAGUUCUUGAAACAUCCGGCCGAUGGCUCGACAUACUCAGGAGGGCAUGACCAUCGGAAGAGGAUGUAUCUAUAGUUUAGGAUGUGUUUCAUUUAUAGUAAAAAAAAUAUUGAUUUAUUUAUCAGCGAUGGAGCCUCCUCAUGGAGGGCACGAGAGUAUGAUCUGUUGGAAAAUUAAGUGAUUAAAUGGUUAAUAUGUUAAUUAGCAUAAGUUAAAGUGGGCCCAAUAGUUAAUUAUGGGAUUAACACUAAUUAACGGUAAUUAGCAAUUUGCGCCUGUGAUUGGGGGCUAAUUAAGAUUAUGGUUAGGUCCCACGUCAUAUACAGCGCUAUAUAUAAAGGAGGGCAUCCCUGCACCUAAUUGAUCGUCGUAUCGUUUAGGACAACAGUGCCCUCCGAAAUUCACUCCAAAUCAAAUCGGGAGUGCGCUGGACGUUGACGUGAAGGCCUCUCCUUACUCCGGCGAGGUGCCGGAGUGAUCUACUAUGCUGCUGCAGUUCGUCAUCAGACUCCACUUCCUCCACCGAGAUGGCCUCUCCAAACGGAGCUUUGAACCCAUCACUUAUUUUUGGGCUCCUAAACUCAAUUGAGCACCUCAAUGGGACUAACUUUCCUACAUGGAAGGAGCAGAUUUCCAUUAACCUUGGGGUCAUGGAUCUUGACUACGCACUUAGGGAGAAGGCUCCAGUUCCCUUGUCCUCUGAUGAUGAAAACCUUACUGAGAGAACUAAGGUUUAUGAGGCUAACAAGGAGAAGUGGGAGCGCUCCAAUCGAUUGUCCCUCAUGAUCAUGAAAAGCACAAUUACUCUUGGGAUUAGGGGAGCUAUCCCCGAUUCCGAAUGUGCUAAGACUUAUCUGGCAUCGGUGGAGGAACAGUUUAAAGGCUCCACAAAAGUCUAUGCCAGUACACUGAUCAUGAAAAUGCUCACCACUAAGUAUGAUGGUGCAAGCGGUGUGAGAGAACAUAUCAUGACUAUGAACGAUAUGGCCGCAAAAUUAAAGGGCAUGGACAUGGAGAUUUCUGAGGGCUUCUUGGUUCAUUUCAUUAUGACCUCCCUUCCAGUGGAGUUUGGUCCAUUCAAGAUCAACUAUAACACAGAGAAGGAGAAGUGGACCAUGGGUGAGCUCAGGGCUAUGUGCGUUCAAGAAGAGGAGCGACUUAAGAUUGAGAGAAAAGAUUACGCUCAUCUUACUUUCAUGAACUCAGGGAAGAGAAAGUUUAAUGGUGAAAAUAAGACUCAGAAAAAAUUAGGUCCUUCACAUAAGGCCGAGUCAAGCAAGUCUGGGGCCAAAAGGUCAAAGCCUUCUGUUGCUAAUGAGCCUUCUGCACCUAAGAAGCCUUAUUGCAAGUUUUGCAAACAUGACGGACAUAAGCAGAAGGAUUGCGAUGGCUUUAAGGCAUGGCUUGUAAAGAAGGGGAUUCCUUACCGUGAGGACGCUUCAAAGGGGGGAGCGAACUCUUAGAGUUGCAAAUGGAAAGGAGGCUAAUGUUGAAGCUGUUGGGACUCUCCCGUUAGUGCUAAAAGAUGGCUUCACCCUCAUUCUUAAUAAUGCUAUUUAUGUUCCUACCAUGAGGAGGAACCUAGAUGAUGAUGGUUUUGAGACUUAUUUUGGGAACAAACGAUGUGUUAUUAAGUUUGGUCAUGAUGAUAUUGGUCAUGGCGUUCGCCAUGACAAACUCUAUAGACUCUUUUUGAAC